AUGGGCGACGGCGGUCUGGAGAAUUCGCUUGACGACGCUGAGAAUGCGGAGCCGCAGUCGCUCGAGCAUCUUGCUCACAUCCACCUCCAACCUCCCACCCACGGGAAGCUUCGUGCGCACAUUGAGCUGAAGGCGCUGCGCGUCGUCGAUGUGGCAGCUGCGUGCGUCGCUGUUGGGAUGGCUCGUGCAUGGAACGCUGCUCCUGCUGAACCGCGCGGACUUCCGGAUGACGAGGGAGGCCGUCAUGCGUCAGGGCAAGGCGGUGCUCAGCUUCCACGCGCAUGCGGAGAAGGGGUAAAGGAGCAGAGGCGGAUCGAGCGGCUGGCGUCUGAAGGCACUGAAGAACGGCUCAUUGACACCGCGAAGGACACGCGCAUCACGCAUCUGUUGAAGCAGACGGACGCGCGCUUGGACUCGCUCGCAGGCGGUCGCGGAGCAGCAGCGGAGGGCCCAGUGAGCGAGGCGACGUUCGACGCGAAGGCGUUUAGUCAGGAGGAGGAUCAUGGGAAGCUGGGCUACUAUGCGGUCGCGCAUAGGCUCAAGGAGAAGAUUUUGAUGCAGCCGAGCAUCCUAGUGGACGGUACACUCAGGGACUACCAGCUGAAGGGUCUGCAGGGUCUGCAGUGGAUGGUCACCUUGUACAACAACAAUCUGAACGGUAUCCUUGCAGACAAAAUGGGUCUCAGGAAGACUAUCCAGAUGAUCUCGCCCAUCACCUUCUUCAUUGAGUCGAAGAAACACGGGUUCGCGAAGUGGGCGCCGAGCGUGAAGAUGAUCUCGGACAAGGGCAACCCGGCGCAGCGAAAGGUCCUCCAGACGGACCUCCGGACGAGCAACUUCCAGGUCGUCCUCACCACGUACGAGUACAUCAUCAAGGAGCGGAUUCAUCUCAGCAGGAUGAAGUGGAUCUACAUGAUCAUUGAUGAGGGCCACUGCAUGAAGAACACGGAAAUCUUCAAUUCUGGCAAGUCGUUCGACGAAUGGUUCAACACCCCAUUUGCGAACUCGGGCACGGGCGACAAGAUCGAGCUGAACGAAGAAGAGGCACUACUCAUCAUUCGUCGUCUGCACAAGGUGCUGCGUCCGUUCUUGCUUCAUCGUCUCAAGGACGUCGAGUCGGAGCUGCCGGACAAGAUCGAGAAGGUGAUCAAGGUCCGCAUGUCGGCGCUGCAGUCGCAACUAUACAAGCAGAUGAAGAAGUACAAGAUGGUCAUGGACGUCGAGGACGCCAAAGGGUGCGUCAUGGUGACGAAGGUCGUGGAUAUCAUGGAGGACUUCCUCAAGAUGAUGGGCUGGAAGUACCUCCGUCUCGACGGUGGUAAGAAGACCGAAGACCGUGCAGGUCAUGUCCAGCUCUUCAACGCUCCCAACCCCGAGUACAAGGUCUUCAUUCUCUCAACUCGCGCUGGUGGUCUUGCACUCAACUUGCAGACCGCCGACACUGUUGUUAUCUUCGACAGUGACUGGAACCCCCAUGCGGAUCUCCAGGCGCAUGACCAUGCUUAUCAUAUCGGUCAGACUGAGGUCGUCCAUAUCCUGCAGUUCAUCACGGAGAAGAGCAUCGAGGAGUCGAUGUUCGCGCGCUCUCAGUACAAGCUUGACAUCGAUGACAAGGUCAUCUAG